UAAAUUGAGGGCGCAAAAAUAUGAGAAGGCUGUGCACUUGUUGUUUCAAAACAUUGCAAAGCAUUUCCUUAAAAUCAGCAAGAUGGCAAGUGAACACCCAAAUAAGCUCCAGGAGAUAAAGGGAAAUAUUGAAGACUUGAGGAAGAGGAAAUUUGAUUUAGUUUCCAAGAGAGAUGAGUUGGAACAAGGAGAUCUUUGCACAACGUUCAAAGUCAAGCUUGGGUAUCUUAAGCAACAAUUCAGUUUACUUAAGAAUACAGCCAUUGAACUGCAGUCCAAAUUGAAACUUUUAGAGUGCCUAGCAGAAAGUGAAGACAAGUGGCCUGAUACCUCACAGGAAGAUGCCGACUUCAAAGCAGGCAGAGAACAUGUUCGCGAGCUGAAGGAACAGAUGGAUGAUAAGAAAGCAAAGUUACUGGAAGACUUAGACCAUGUGGAGAAAGCAUAUAGAACUUAUUCAGAAAGGGUGCAUACCUUGACAGAAGAAAUGAAAGAAGUUGAGACAAAGAAAAGUAAACUAGACGCAUCUCUCCAAAAUAGUGCCAUGCUGAAUGAGAAACUAGGCUUACUUAAUGGAAACAAGGAGAGUAAUGAAAUCCCACAAUUGCCUUUGAAUAUGAAAGAAAAGGAAAAGGAACUUAAAGAAGUGCAGGAAUCCAUAAAGCAAUGUGAAGAAGCAACCCAUGAAGCAAAGGAGAAAAUGAUAAAGUUUCAAGGUCUUAGUGAAAGAUUACAAGGACUUUUAGGAGAGAGUAAAAAAGAACUUGAGGAGGUUGCCAGGGUUAAGAAAAUAGAAGACCAAAAAGCAAAACGAGAUUUGCAGUGGUAUGACAAGGCUCUGUCUCAGAUGUCAGUUUUAUCAGGGUUCAAGGAGCACUCCGUCUCAGGAAAUACCCUGACCAUAGAAUACAUGAACUCGGGAGACAAUGAAGACAGUAAACUCUUACUCAGCAUGACAUGGAAGCUGGGGAAAUAUGGAAGUUAUGUCCUGGCCAAGGCAGAAAUCAAUUUGGAAAGUUUGGAUGUUACUGAUAUAAUAGAUUAUGCAGUGGAAAAGAAUGAUGUAGUAUAUAUGAUCAGUGAAAUCCAAAAAGCAUGGGAGAAGCAUUUACCAUUGAGGAAAGAAAUAGUGGAUCUUAGACAGCUGUAUGCCAUAGAUUGGAUACCAUCUGAGGGCCUCAUCCGGCAAAUGGUAGGGGAGGGAGGCCACAUAGUAUGCACACUGAAGGUGGACUCUACUGCACAGGGGGCAGAAAAUGUCACUUUGGUCAAAGUAGAGGGAUCAAAAGAAGAUAAUUUGGAUAGCCUAAAGCCAGGUGCAGAGGAGCCUUCUAUAUAUGAGUGGCUGGAACAUUUACAAAGAAAGUUUGGAAAACCUUGAGACUUUCAAGCCAAGGAGGACAGCAGUCUUUUUUUGUUUGUUUUUUUUUUCGAUUGUCUUAUGACUUUGGUUGCAUAGUUAAACCCAUACAUUUUGUUUGUGUGGAUUAUACAAAAUUUUGAUUGAUUUUUAUUAAUUUUUUUUAAAGUUAAUGAAACUUAAAUUUUAAAAAUCGUGCAAACUUGAUGUGCAUCUGUUUUUUAAAGCAAUACAGAAAACACAAAAACACACUAGUAAAGAUUUUCUUGGAUGUCUUUAUUGUUGGAAUUAUGAGUAGUUUUAUAAGCUAAAAUUAAAAAAACACUGAUAUUUUCAUUAAUCCUGUAAAUAAAGUAUGCUUAUUUUAAUGGA